CAAAACCCGACCACGAAGGGAAUAUCAUAACACAUAGCCGAAAAUGGCAAGAGUCGGAAUUACAAUUAUGGAAAGUUACAUCCGGGGUGUUACAACCAUGUGCAUAUUUGGAAGAUGUAGCUGCAGUUGCAAGACUGGUGGGUGUAUUUUGCUUAAUUCGAAGCCAUAUAUUCUCCAGAGUGCUUCCGGAGGUGUCACCCACCGCGCGUCUCUGUACUGUUUAAUCUCGUCAAUUUCGACUUCGUCUACUUUGUCAGUUACAGAUACAGAUGCUCGGUCAUGUCCCUUAUAGAUGUACUUGAACAAGUACUUAACAACUUUAAUGCUCGAGCAUAUCUCAACAUUUAUGUGGCAGUUGAACAUCCGCAAAAGAUAUGGGUUGUAAGGAACUACCCACCUAUUAUCCAGUUGGCAUUUUCAUACCGUUUCAGUCCGACCAUCAUUGCGUCUCCUAUACAGUGGGGAGCUCAGCGGAGAUGAUUCUGUCAUACUGUUCCGGACAUGUGUAUUUGUAUUUUCCAGUCAUGAUGAGCAAAAAGUGAGCAUGUGCUAAUCCCCUCUUUUGGAACUCUACGACAUAUGUAUAUGCCUUAACCUUUCCAAGAAUGGCCUUCUCAAAUAGUUGCUUCUUCAUUUCUUCUAGCUUCGCCUUGAAAACACGAACGACAAUGUCUGGGCGAUCUUGUGGUGUUUGUCCAAACUGUAGUGAUCUCUUCCCAGUUGGGGUUGCAGGUCAUUGUGACGAAUACGUCUGGUUUUCCAUAUUUUCUAACUAAAGCCAUAGCAUCUAGAUACCGACGAAUUUUAUCUCGUGGCCCUCCAAUAAAUGAUGACGCAAGUACUCUCCGUUUUCCAAUUGCAUCUCCAUUCUGUUCUCCAGCUUGAAUGCUGUCUAGAAGGCCUUGGUAUAGAUCCGCCCUUAUUUUGUUUUGAUGAUGCCACAUGUAAUCCAGUCUGGAGUUUUCAAUCUUUAUGUAUGUAUCUACAGCAAACUGCUGAAAAAGCCGUCCGCCGUGCAAUAUUGGGUUGAAUAUGCUUGGUCGUGUAUGGAAUUUAUAGCAGUAGUAUUCUUUCAUGGUUACCCACAGGCCGUUGGCAGAAUCUGUGCAAAUAUUGUGACAUAAAAAGUUAGUUAAAUUGAAUUUUGAAUAUAAUAGUAUAUGAAAAUUUUACCUGGGUCAUCAUCAUUACUGAUAUCAUCAGCACCAAUAUCUUCCGCUUCUGUAUCCCUCUUUGGGAUUUUCCUAUGCCAACCCAGUUCAGCUCUUGGAAAGAAUAGAGGGUACGACAACGGAUCAGAGCACCCGUAAUAUGAUCGAAUGUGCUCUUUUUCGUUGUUGUUUCCAUGUAGUAUUACAUUCCUGUCAUAAGUGUUUCUUCUUUCAUUUCCUUCAAUCCACACUGCAGCUACCUCUGAAUUUAUUGGCGCGUUGUAUGUUCUCUGGUCCAAUCUUUGGUCCAGGUUUAAGACGAGUCUGUAGUCCUCAAGGUUUUGGGCUCGUCCCAAACUCCUAAACUGUUGAGAGUAUGGGUUAUCCCGUAGGAUGUCGGUUAUUAUCCCGAUCACAUGCUUGUCUUGCUCGUACAUUUCCUUGCGGCAAUGGCGGUACCGAUGCUCUAAGCUUGGAUCAUCGUCGUAGAAGUAUAGCUCUAGAUGCUUUGGAUCUGAUCGACUAUUACCAAAUGAGUGUAUGUUGUGAUAGAUCUGACCAUGUGCUUGAAAGGUGUAAAUACCACCAGUUGUUCGCAUGUCAGUUGUGUCUCUGUCAAGAUGGCAGUAUAGAGUAGUAAACGAGAAGUGGCCAUUGAAAAAUCUUAUAUUGUUCCAAAAAUGUCUUGCGUCAGAGUCGUUGCUUAUCCAAAGUCUCAUGAGUUCAGGUGGUGUAUCUGCAUUGGCUAGUCUUAUCUGUCCUUUUCUGCAGCAUAAUUUCUUAGUUUCAUACUUGAAUUUUUUUGCAUGGCAGAAUCUGCAAUUUUCUUCUGUUUUGAGCACGUGUUUUUUUUGGUAUGUUGCUAUAGACGAAAUCAUAAGGAUCAGGGUUGUGCAUUUCCUCGCCUUCUUUGAUUUCAAUUUCCACUUCUCUGUCCCAUUCUAGUUUGGUUUGUAGCAUAAAAGUUAGUACAGAAGCUAUAUAAUGAUUAAAAUAUAUUUAAAUUCUAUUGAGCAUACCUUGACCAGAGAACAUGUAUUCGUCCUCGUUUAUGUCCUCUUCAAAUAUGACUUCAUUAUUACCUGUGUUGCAAUUUUUUAUUGUAUAAUAUAUUUCUUUGGAUUUCAUAAGAACAUAUAUGGAAUUGAUGACCUUACCUUGAUCGUCAUUAUUGAUUGAUUGUGUUGGUGUAUCUACUUCUUUCAUGGUAGCAUCAUGCUCACAUAUAAUCUCAUCCUUGCCUGUGUAGUAAUUAUUUAUAUGUAAUUUUUGUAUUGCAUAAAAAUAUAUAGGAAAUUUUAUAACCUUACCGUGAACAUCAUUGUAUAAUGUUUGUAUUUGUGCAUCUACUUCCU